AUGGCCACCUUCGUGGAGCUCAACACCAAAGCCAAGAUGCCCAUUGUGGGCCUGGGCACCUGGAAGUCUGCUCCAGGUCAAGUCAAAGAGGCUGUGAAGACAGCCAUUGAUGCGGGGUACCGCCACAUCGACUGCGCGUUAGUGUACAAGAACGAGAGUGAGGUGGGGGAGGCCAUCCAGGAGAAGAUCCAAGAGAAGGUUGUGACACGAGAAGACCUCUUCAUCGUCAGCAAGCUGUGGCCCACCUUCUUUGAGAGGCCCCUGGUGAAGGAAGCCUGUCAGAAGACCCUCAAGGAUCUGAAACUGGACUAUCUGGACAUUUACCUGAUUCACUGGCCUCAGGGGCUUCAGCCUGGGAUGGAAAUGAUCCCCAAAGAUGACAAAGGCAAUGUAUUACUUGGUAAAACAACAUUCGUAGAUGCCUGGGAGGCUGCUUCAAACUCAGGCCAGCUUCCUAGUGAUGGGGGUUGUUUGGUUUUGCAGAUCGAGUGUCACCCAUACCUCACGCAGGAGAAGUUGAUCCAGUACUGCCAGUCCAAGGGCAUCACAGUCACUGCCUACAGCCCCCUGGGCUCCCCGGACAGACCUUGGGCCAAGCCAGGAGACCCUUCACUGCUGGAGGAUUUUAAGAUUAAGGAGAUUGCUGCAAAGCACAACAGAACUCCAGCCCAGGUUCUAAUCCGGUUCCAUAUUCAGAGGAAUGUGGCUGUGAUCCCCAAGUCUGUGACUUUGAAGCGUAUUGUUGAGAACUUCCAGGUCUUUGAUUUCCAGUUAAGUGAUGAGGAGAUGACGACCAUACUCAGUUUCAACCGGAACUGGAGGGCUUGCGUCAUACAGGAAGUGGUCCAUUUGGAGGAUUAUCCUUUCGAUGCAGAAUACUGA